AUGAGUGCAAAUACCAGCUCUGGGCACACUGUCCCGUCCCCCGAUCACCAUUCAGAAAAGGAUGCAGCAGAGACAGAAUCAGCAGACAAGUCAAGAACUCCAAAUUUGGCAUCACCAUGUCCAAGCGAAYAUACCCCGGAUCGACAGAUUACGGUUUCGUUCGAAAAGGACGACCCAAGCAACCCGUACAACUGGACGCAGCCGAAGAAGACAUAUGUGCUCCUCACCUCCAUGGUGCUAGUCUUCAACUCGACUGUUGGGUCAGCUAUCCCAUCUGGUGCUUCCAAACAGACACAAGAGUACUUUGGCAUCACCAAUGAGUCCCUGCUCGUUUUGCCAGUGUCGAUCUAUCUCAUUGGCUACGUCUUGGGCCCUCUAGUAUUUGCACCACUCUCUGAGAGCUAUGGUCGCAAGUGGGUGGUCCUCACAACUUUCACCGUCUUCACGUUGUUCCAUCUUGGCUGCGCACUGGCUCCCACCUUCUCCGGACUGGUCAUCAUGCGUUUAAUCACAGGCAUCGCCGCAUCAACUCCGGUGUCUACCAUUGGAGGUAUUUACGCUGACAUUUACGCCACUCCCAAGGCUAGAGGCCGUGCCAUUACAUUGUUCAUGGCAGCAACCACAUGGGGACCAGUGACAGGACCGGUCAUCAGUGGCUACAUCGCCACCGUCGAUUGGAGAUGGACGUAUUGGUGUGCUCUGAUCAUUGCGGGUGUGACAUUCCCUUUUGUGCUAUUCUUGCCCGAAACCUAUGGCCCGAUUUUACUCAAGAAGAAGGCAGCCACACUCAGAAGGAAGACUGGAAACCCAAACAUCGUCGCUCCUAUAGAAGUCGAGAAUCAAAGCUGGCAAGAGUUCGUGACCGUGGUCCUCACUCGGCCGGUCAGAAUGUUCCUCUUCGAAUGGAUUGUGCUCUUCAGCUGCCUUUAUCUCAGCGUCGCAUACGCCAUCUUUUAUCUGUUCUUCCAAGCCUUUCCCAUAAUCUACGGCGGGACCUAUGGCUUCAAUGCUGGACAGCAAGGACUAGCCUUCCUGCCAAUAGGUGUCGGUUCAAUGUUUGCUGUCCUCAUCUACCUCUACUGGGAACAUCACCUUGCAGUAAACCGGGCAAAGGAUCCUCCACCAGCAUGGUCACAAGUCGAAGAAUACAUUCGACUUCCUAUAGCAUGUUUAGGGGCGCCAUUGUUUGUUGUCAGCCUAUUCUGGCUUGGCUACACCGCCAAGGCAGAAAUUCACUGGAUCGUUCCGAUUCUAUCAGCGCUGCCAUUCGGAAUCGGCUUUCUAUUGAUCUUCAUGGCACUUGUCAAUUACAUGGUCGAUGCAUAUGAGGACUUCGCAGCCAGUGCCCUCGGAGCCGCCUCGUGUUCUCGGAGCAUCUUCGCCGUGGUGCUCCCAUUCACGGCUCGACCCAUGUAUAGCACGGUUGGGAUCGCGUGGGCGUGCAGUUUGCUCGGGUUCCUUUCUUUGGUUAUGGGUGUCGUUCCGUUCAUUUUCCUCCGAUACGGAGCCAAGAUCCGAGCCAAUAGCAAGUGGUGCCAGGAAUUGAAGAGGAAGAAGGUCGAGGCUGAGCAGAAACGUCUGCUGCAAGCCGAGCAACGGGAAACGACUGCGUCUGGAGGACCUGAAAAGUUGGUGUGA